CAGAGCUCGGUGUCAUCCGAUCCGCACUUCCUGAAGCAGAGGCUGGAGCGGCGCUGGUCAUAUGACAGCCCGUCGACACGUGCGCGCGCACACACACACACACACACUCACACUGCUGCACAGCCGGUCAGCCGUCUCAGCUGGUCUUCAGCUUCCUGAAGGAACAAUGUCUGUGGUGAAGCUGCAGGCGUGUCGAGAGCGGAUUCGCACAGAACUGGACAGCGUAGUGGACUUCUGGCUCAAAUACUCUCAUGACACUGUACAUGGAGGCUUCUUCACCUGUAUUGGGAAGGAUGGGAAGGUCUAUGAUGAGCUGAAGUACGUCUGGCUGCAGGGUAGACAAGUGUGGAUGUAUUGUCGCCUGUACAGAACCAUGGACCGCUUCCGAAAGCCUGAAAUCCUUGAAGCAGCAAAAGCUGGGGGGGCUUUCCUGAGAAGGUUUGGUCGUGUCUCCGGUGGCAGCAGUGGCCCAUGGAAGUGUGCCUUCUGCCUAACAAGAGAUGGUAAAGCAGUGAAAAUCCAGAGGACGAUAUUCAGUGAGUGUUUCUACAUCAUGGCCAUGGAUGAACUGAGCAGGGUCACUGGUGACAAGGACAUGCAGCUGGAGGCUGAACAGAUGAUGGAGCAGCUGAUCUACUGGGUUCAGGUGGACUCAUCAGGACUGGGCAGGCCCCAGCUUCCUGGAGAUCUUCCCACCAACAGCAUGGCAGUUCCCAUGAUGCUGUUGUGUCUGGUGCAACAGCUAACGGAAGGCCGGGGGCAGGAGGUGGUCCAGAAAUACAGAGAGCUGGGCAGCUGGUGUGUACAGCAGAUUCUACAACACGUCCAGAGAGACGGCACAGCUAUUUUAGAGAACGUGUCACCGGAGGGAGCAGAGCUGCCGGGUUGUCAGGGCCGACUGCAGAACCCAGGCCACGCCCUGGAAGCAGGCUGGUUCCUGCUUCAGUUCAGUGCAGAGCGGGGAGAUGAGGGGCUCCGGAGGACUGCUAUUGACAAGUUUGUGGAGCUCCCUUAUCAGUGCGGCUGGGAUAAAGAGCACGGUGGCCUCUUCUACUUCCUGGAUGUGGAUGGUCACUGCCCCACGCAGUUGGAGUGGAGCAUGAAGCUGUGGUGGCCUCACUGUGAGGCGCUCAUCGCUUUCCUGAUGGCCUACAGUCAAACCAAGAGGCCAGAGCAGCUGGAGAGAUUCUUCCAAGUUUAUGAAUACAUCUUUAGCCAUUUUCCUGAUGCCGAGAGUGGCGAGUGGUUUGGUUAUUUGACACAAGAGGGGACAGUGGCCUUGGAUUUCAAAGGAGGCCCCUUUAAAGGGUUCUUCCAUGUGCCUCGCUGCCUGUACAUGUGUGAGCGUAUUCUGGAUGAUCUGCUGGCAAACAAGGACUGAGCAUCCUGACCCGAAUGUUGGGACUGAAUCUUAUUUGUUGGUCUGUUCAUUAAAUGAUCAUAAAUAAUCACAUUCUCACAUAUUCAUUUCUGUAAAGUCAUCAUAAAAUCAUAUUUUUUAUGCUUAGCAUCCACCUGAUGUUAGAGGUGGGCCAGAAGACCUAAAAUUUCUAUUGUGGAAUUGUUUAAAUUUUUUAUGCUGACAUAUUAUAUCAUGGAAUUACAAAAGUAAAAGGGAUACUCCACUCAAUACAUGGUUCUACCUCUUUUCACUCUAACAAUAUAAGGCAACACAUCUUAGGAAAGAAAAAAUGAUUUUUUAAAAACUGAUGCAUUUAGUAUAUUAAAGUACAACAGUAGGUGUAUCACGGGCAUGUCUAGCAAGUGCAUCUACAUACAGCAGGAACAGACAAACAUACCAACGCAGCACGCAGCAGAGGAGGCUUUCCUGUAACAACAAAACCACCUGAUCUUGUGUUGGCUUCAAAUGAGGCGUAAUAGGCUUAAUGUUCACAUAAUUUCUCUUGACUGUCCCUCAAUAUUAAAUAUGCCAACACUGCUCCAGUGUGUGAGUCUGAAAUAGAUGCUACGAGCCACAUUAGUGACUCUCAUUAUUACUAGCCACUCUAUAUGAUGGCGAGCUCUGUGUUGUGGCGUUCACGUUUAUUGACAGAGCUCUGUGGUUGAAUCUUUGACACCAUGUGAGGAGAGCCCAGACCAGCCCUGUGAGGAGUGACACCUUUACAAUCACAGGAACCACUUUUCCUUCUUUCCUGUCUUUCAUCAUUACAAUAGUGACCUGAGUAAAACUGAAGAGGAGUCUAUUUUAUCCAGAAAUGAUCAAUUCACCUUUUGCUUUGAAAAUAAUUGUGUAUCAAUCUUAUGUAAAUCUAUUCAGACUGUGCGUAGGAUCUCCAAGACACCCUCUGCUGACUGAGACCAAACCUAUUGUUUCCUCUGACCUGUGUUUAACCCUGAGCAGAACCUCGCGCUGGUCAGGGAGAAGUCUACAGCCUUGUUGUGAACGUCUGUCUCCACUGCACAGUGAAUAAAAGUCACCUGA